AUGAAAGAAUUAGCGUUGAACGCUAACGCAAGCGCCAACGCUAACAACGUCAACAAUUUAAACAGCCUCAAACGACUCUCGAUUUCCACUCAUGACGAAGACGAAAUUUACAUCAAUGAAGAGCCAGACUUUGGUAUUAUGUUUGACAUUGAUGGUGUCUUGGCUCGAGGCACCAACCCUUUGCAAGCAGCCAUUGAUGCAUUUAAAGUGUUAACUGAUGAUGAAGGACAACUCAGGGUACCUGUUGCAUUUGUCACCAAUGCCUGCAAUCGCAGUACUGACAAAGCAGCUCAAAUUCAGGGCUGGCUUGGAAUUGAGGUCACCCCAGAUAUGGUUGUUCACUCCCCAACCCCACUGAUGAUCAUGGAAGAGUACCAUAACAAACAUGUUCUCCUUGUUGGGCAAGGACCUGUCCGAGAUGUUGCCAAAGAACUUGGUUUCAAAAACUACUGUCUUCUGGAUGAUGUCUGCGAUGCCUACCCACUUUUGGACAUGGUCAAUCAUGAAAACAGGAAAGCAGUUGCUCAAGGAUACAUUGAGAAAGAAUUCCCUAAAGUUGAAGCAAUCAUCCUUCUUGGUGAACCAGUGAAGUGGGAAUCAAACCUGCAGGUACUCACAGAUCUUCUAUUGACCAGUGGUAAACCUGACCACAGCCUUAAUACCCAAGCCACCAUCGAGCAAGUUCCUGUCAUUGCUUGUAACAUGGAUUUGACAUUUAUGCAUAAGGCUUCCAUGCCAAGAUUUGGUCAUGGUGCCUUUUUGGUAUGUCUUGAGGCUUUGUACAAGAAAAUUACUGGUACAGAGUUGAAAUACACCAAACUUGUUGGUAAACCCUGUGAAAUCCAGUUUCGUUAUGGAGAACAUAUUCUUAAUAAAGUACGUGAUAAAAUGGGAUGGACAACUCCACUGAGGAAGCUCUAUUUCGUUGGGGAUAAUCCUAAUGUUGAUGUCAUGGGCGCAAAUAUGUAUAAUAUGUACCUGAAGGCCAAGCACAGUCGUCGUCAAAGUCAGGCAGCUAAUCUUCGCCUCCCAUUGUCAAGAGCCUUGCCCAGUAGUGACAUGCUUACUGAACAGACAGCUACAGUCAUGUACAGCCUGCUGGUUGGCACAGGUGUAUUCAACCCAAACAGCCCCAACGCUGACGAAAUCAUCAAGACCACCUCAACAACCACCAGUACAACUAACGCCAAUUUGAACACCACAAUGGCCAAUCCUGCCACUCCGUAUCAUGGACACAGGGAUAUUGAGAAUCGACCAGCACUUACAAAACCAACUAAGUAUUGUCCAGAUGUCUACCAUGCAGUCAAAUUUAUGCUUGAACAAGAAGGAUUCGUCUACUAA